ACAAUUUCACACACACUCGUGUGAAAUACAGCGAUCGUGAUGAAUACGUUAUUUAAAUUACUGGAGAGUCGCGUAUAAUCCACCUUUUAUUAUUUUAUUUAUUUUUCAAUGGGGUGUUGGUCCCACUCGUUACGGCGCACGCCAUUGGUUGAUUCUCCGGAGUUGUUGUGUCGCGUUGUGUGGUUGGAUGAUUAUGAUCACGUGGUCACACCCCCUCCCUCCUUCUGAUUCCGGAAUAAACGGUCUUCCGGUAGAGGUAGAGAACAAAUAAAACGCGACCACGCUAAUGCAAUUCGGGCCUUCUACCGAAAACGGAAGAUCGCCACCGGAAGAUUCUACCGGUUCUGGCUCGUCUUGGAAGACGUCGAAAAAAACGAGCGGCAGAGACGACGACGGCGACAAGGAUGAGGAUAAGGCGGGAAUCUUUAACAUUCGGACGGAAUUGAAGCAAACACCGUUACGAACAUGCCUGGUUUGCUGACGUUGCACGCGAGACCGGUGGGCCCGGCGGUGGUGGCGGCGGAUCGCUCUGAGGAGCCCUCGCCGCGGAAGAACCGUCUCUCGCUCAAGUUCACUCGGAGACGGGAGGCGGCGCUGACAUCGUCUCAGGGCGGCGAGGAGGAAGCGGGCGCUGCCGUGGCACGGUCCUCACAGGAGGCAGACUCCGCGUCGGAGGGCGCCAGCGACAUCGCAGCCUUCAACGAGGUUUGUGAUGCUGUUGCGCAAGGUGCGGAAGCUCCUCCAGCCCUGCCCUUCGUAGGCCUCGGCAACCUAGGCAACACCUGCUACCUGAACAGCGUGCUGCAGGUGCUGUAUCAUUUGCCCGAAUUCCGGGUUGACCUCAAACGACUGAACAAACUAUCCGAGCGUGAGUUCAAGACAGAGGAAAAUUCCGAGGCGGUGGCGCCCCUCGACGUGUCUCUCCUGCGCAGCCUGGCUCGCCUCAUGGAGAAGAUGUCUGUGCUACACCAAGAAUCACUGGCGCUCGCACCCUACGAGAAUCCCGUAACCCACCCCUCCGAGCUGCUCGACAUACUGCGGGAUCUGAAUCCCAUGUACUUAGGAUACCUCCAGCACGAUGCCCAGGAGCUGCUGCGCUGUCUACUCGGACACGUACAAGAUGCCUGUGCCUCCAUCCUCAAGGACCAUGGCCCAGCCCCGAGAGUUGCAGGAGCAGCAGCAGACGGCAACGCCGCCAGUAGCAGCAGUGAUGACGAAAAUAACGGAGAUGACGACGACAAAAAACGACCUAUCAGGGCGACCUCGAACAAGUUGGCAACAAUUAAAGAGGAGAGGGAUGCGAGAAAAGCUGACGAGGAUGAUAAUGGUGGUGGUGAAAAGGAGGGUGCCGACGAUGAUGGUUUCCUGGCAGAGGGUUCGGACGAGGAGGGGAUUGAGGGCAGAGAGGGAAAGCGAAAGAAGUCAACGGCGCUGGGAGGAAACGCCCGCAAGAAGCUGCGCAACUUGAGGCAGACGCGCGCUGGCGCUCAGGCCGAGGGCGAGCGGGAGAGCACCGAGGACGACUCCGUGUACGAGAAAACGCAAGGCCGUUGCUCGCCGCCCAAGCCCAGCAAGCGCCGGCGGCUGGGCGCCUCCCGGCGCGUCCCUGCUCCGUCCAUGCUGCACAGCCAGCCCUCCAUCCUCUCCAAGUUCCGUGCCAUCGGCAAGAUCGUGAGUGGGCUCACCUUCCGGCAGAGCGACCGUAAAAGCAGCGGCAGCAGCAGCGGUGACGACCAGUGCUCCAGCACGGAAGCCAGUUCCGCGAGUGGAGCUCAUGCUCUCCCUGGUUCGGAGAACAACCGGAACGGAGAGCAUUCCGACGGGAUCGACGUAAAGGCUUCCCGGAGAGCUGGGGGUGUCGCGCAGAAUGGGGAGGAGUUGGGGUGUCGGGAUAACGGAAACGGAAGCUCAGACGUGAAAUCGCUCUCAGCUGAGAAGUGCUGUCAUCCUCUCUCCUGCGAUGAAGGCACUCCACGCACACUCUUGCCUUCUGUGGAAACAGGCCGGAGCGAAGGCUGCGUGGUGGGCGACCUCUUCCAGGGGGAGCUUGUUCUGCGCACACGCUGCCUGGAGUGCGAGUGCGGCUCGGAGCGCACCGAGAGCUUCCUCGACGUCUCGCUGCCCGUGCAGGACGAGCACGAGGAGGAGUUGGAGGAGCAAGAGGGUGCCGACGGCUGCCUGCUCAAUGCGGACAGUGACGUACUCGGCGUGUCGCCGGAGCCCAAGGCCGGCCGCAAGUCGGUGCAGUGGGCGCUGGCACGGUUUGCGCGUGCCGAGCGGCUCGUGGGGCGAGACAAGUACUUCUGCGAGACGUGCUUGCACCACGCGGAGGCGGAGCGCACCCUGCGCUUCGGGCGGCUCCCCCGCAUCCUCACGCUUCACCUCAAGAGGUUCUCUGCCAUCGGCCUGUGCCCGGUGGUUGGCGCCACCAAGGUGACGGCCCCGGUGCUCACCCCGCGCUGCCUUUCCGUAUCCGAGUGGCUCGUGGGGGGCCCCCGGUCUCGCCUCCAGGUCCCGCUGUACCGCCUGACAGCGCUCAUCACCCACAGCGGGAGCUCGGCCGGUGCGGGUCACUACACGGCGUACGUGCGCGUGGGCUCGCCACGUCUACUUGGCCGCGGCGGUGCGGGGCCCAGGCGUGCGCUGUAUGGCGCAGGUGACCCCGAUUGUCCUCGCGGUCGCGAUUGUUACAACGGCUGCGAGGGCGGCGGUAUUGAGGCCAGUGGUGAGCGAGAUGGCGUGAAGACGGCCGCUUCGCUGGCGGUCAAUGGUCGCCCUGUUACAUCGGCAAAGCCCGGACCCAAAAACGGCUCCGAGAUGAGUGAGGGGAGCAGGAGAAACGCUUCCCUGUGCGCCGCCAAUGGCGCUGGACGCGGAGGACAGCGUGAGGACGGGCGGCGCCGCAGUGACAGUCUCACAACCCAGCAGACUGCAGCCGUGAAGGCAGCAACGGUGGGGGGACAUAACGGAGGCGGCUAUAAAGAAAUCGCGGCGAGGAUGGCGCAAGCGAAAUUACCGCCAGCAGACGGGCUGGGAGCGUGUGGGAGGGAGCGGCUCGGAGGAGAGAACCACGGGGACGAGCGCAAACCUCCCUUGCCCGGCUCCAGGCCGCUGCUCGGUAAGAAGAAGAAUUUCGGCAGGUCGGCGCGAACCGUGGAUUUCACCGAAGUUAAGAGUGCGGCAGCAGCUCUGGCAACGGCGAACAGUGCCAGCGAUCGGCAGUGGGGAGAGCACGGUGCUGCCGGUCGACCUUGUUCCGGCAGGACCAGCGACGACGGUGCUGAUGUUGAUGAUGGCGUUGUUGGUGCAAUGGCGGGCGAGUGGGAGGGUCGCUGGCUGCGCUUUGAUGACGCUGAAGUGAACGACGUGAGCGAGGGAGAGAUGGCAUCGCUGCUAGUGCCCCUGGACAAUGCUAGUGCCACCCCCUACCUCCUCUUCUACCGCCUCAGCAGUGAGGAGGAGGAGGAUGAGGAGAAGUGGGAGGAGGAGGAGGAGGCGCGGUAGUUUGCGCUGCCCCGGGGACCUUUGAUUUCUCAUUGAUUAUUUUCAGUAGCGUACUGGGUUGCGCAUGAGAGAGUACCCGCAGCAGCUUCCUGCAGCAACAACAACACUCCAGGAAACUGAUGUUACAUGGGACCGGACUUCAUUAGCCUCAUGUAAAACGAGCUGCAACGCAUUUUUAUUAAAAGAGAGGCCGCGCAGAAAGUGUUUUAGGAAGAGCUAUACAGUGGUGUUAAACUGCUGUAUAAAAGGUAAUUUUUACACUCGUCCAACAGAUAAGCAUGUAAAGAUGUAUUCCUUUCUUCGCCACCUGGUCAUUAAAUCCAAUAUCCGGUUCUUUGUUUUACCGAAUUAAACAACAUGAUUUUUUUUCCCCCUCCUGCUAUCGGGGUGAUGUUUUGAGACGAUUAGUUAUUUGCAGUGUUUUGCAAGGCAACACUGCAAGCCCCUUUUUGUUAAACACCGGCCCACGGUAGCAGAUAUUCCAGCACUACAUCUUGAAGAUUCCUUCAGGUGACCUCUGGACAACAUCGUAACGGGCGGCACUCUCCCAUCCACUCUCCUACUGAGAGUAAUGUUCGUUGCGUGAUGAUCAGACUCAGCAUUGGAAUUCUCAGCUGGAAUUUAUGGAAAUUUAAGGUGCUGAACCAAAUUUAGAGUGACAAGGCUUGUUGACCGGUCUGACACCAUGAACGCAUGGUCUCAGACCCGGUUUAUAAAUGGUUAUUUCUUUUACAUUGUGGUAUAGCAGCCACUAGUGGCUGCAAAGGUCACACGUAUCGGCCCGUAAAUUGCAUUUUACGCACACAAAUCUAAAUGCAUUGAUUAUUACGCAAUGCGUGCGUCCCGAGAGAUGAAUCGAUCCGAAUGGAUGUGGGUUACGCUUUGGUUUAAUGCAAUGCACUAUAAACCCGGUCACCUGAGUUUGAUUCCCAGUUAUGGUUAACAUUAGCACUGCUCCUGAUCCCCUCUCCCCUUCAACCUGAAUGACCAGAGUGGUGAAAUAUGAUCAAUAACCCCCUCCCCCCCAUGGCUCACAGCAUGUGGAGGCCAUCAUCCUGCAGUGGUUUGACAGAGCUGUACAUAUACUGUACAUACAAACAUAGAUGUGUAUAUAUUUUUAUAUAUAUAAUUGUUCACUCACAACUUCAUGCAUAUACCAACAUCAUGAGCCAUUGUCGAUCCACUGCUGGAUGAACGGCUUCCCCAGCUGUUGCCAUGCCUCACUCGCUAUGAUACAACGCUGCAGCUCGCAACUACGCACGAGUCGAUCAGCACUCCAUCUCUGCUGGAGACGUCCUCUUGGAUGUGUUAACUCCUUUGUCCCACCAGUUCAUUGUGAGGGCCAUCACCACUUGUGUUUUUUGUUAUUAUAAUUGCUGUUUGGUGAAUCGAUGCAUCACCUCUGCUGUUGUUGGACGAAGGUAACGGGAUACUAACUCGGUCGCCUGUUAUAAAGGAGUUUGUGGGUUCGAUGCCGACCCUGAUGCCUGUUGUAUAUUUGUAGUUUGCGUGUUCUCCCCGUGGUCGCAUGGAUUUUUCUCCAGGUCUUCUGGUUUUUUCCCUCCACAUUUAAAAACAUGUUUUUAGAGUUUUUGGCUGCUAGGAAUGUUGACAUAAGCCACUUUGAGCUAUCAUUUGUGGACAGGUCGCUACUUAAAAAAAAGCUAUAUAGCUCAGUGGGCUUAACCUGGUAAAAUAAAAAUAAUUGAGUUUAGUUCUUAUUUGGUUGCUUUGGCCCCUUGUCCCCUAUAUAUCAAGGUGCCCACUCAUCGCUGUCGCACGUCUUCCUGGGGUUGUCGCACCCACCGAGCGGGUUGUCCGCUCACCGCUGCCUCCAUCCGUCGUCUCGCUCAUUUGUCGCCGCCCGGGCUCGUUCGUUGUGAACGACGCGUGCUCCCCAAGUGCACUUGGCCGUCGCAUUUCGUGAACAACGAGGUGAAACGACGCGGAGUGGGGAGACGUCCCUCGGGAACUCGUGCGACCGAGAGGUGGCCAUGUCCCAUCGAGUGAGCGCAGUUGCCAGCAGUAUCACUAUAGUCGCAGUAGGAAGGGGGGGAAAUGGUGGCGAAGUGUAAGCAUACCUGGAGUUUAUCCCUGGGACCGUUUUCUUCCGGUAUAAAAGUAUUAAAAAUAAGAAUAAGUUUUUUCCGUUGCUGGCAAUAAAACAGGAGGUGUUAAGAUAUUCAAUCACCAAAUAGAUACCUUUUGCAAGGUUUCAAGUCUGCAUUAACCUCACAUGCUUGUGGCAAAACAUGCAUGUUAAGAUGUUUGAACAUCUUAACACCUGUUUUAUUACCAGAAACGGUAAAACUUUUUCUUAUUUUUCAUACACCUGAGUUUAAUCAUUAGGAGAGUGGCGAGGUCGUAUGACUUUUUUCAGACGCGGCCCGCUUUGGGUUUUUUUUAAUGUACGUUGAACUUCUUUUGCACCGUAUGUAGCCAACCAUGCUAAUCAGAGAUACCAGGGAAGGACAACAUACCAAGCACAAAAAUCCGCUCUUAAGAAGUUAGCUUUCGGCCUAUGUUAUUUAAAAGUGCAUAGCUCCAGUGGCUUCCUAAUAUCGGAAGGAAGAGCGUACCAGAUGACCGCAGAAGCGCAUCUGAAAGCGUACAAUGCAGUAAUUAUUUUUUGCAUGGUUAGCCAAAGUGAUUCUUUAAACAUAUGGGAGGAAACCGGAGCACCCGAAUAAAACCCACACAUGCAAGGGGGCAACACCCUAUCUCAGUACAGAUGAAAACUGAUGGCAAUUAGUCCACUUGGUGAACGGCCUUCUGGCCAAUCAGGGUAUGGCACUUCAUCGACGCCCACGGGACGAGAGUUUCGCGAUUCACCAACCCUCUGCCUCCACAGUGCUGGAUUACAGGCCACCACUGCCCAACCACCGCUAACUUGAGAUACCAGGAUGUAAUGCUCGACCUUAUAACCCGGAUUAGGACCUGCUUUUUUGCCCUGUUUAAAGCAAAAAUUUAGGGUUCUUCAUAAUCCUGUAGUUGUGAGUGUGUGUUGUAGUUUGUCUUGUUAGGAGCGGUCACGUGGGGUUAACGCAUCAUGCUACAAACCCUACGACCCGAGUUUGCUUUCCGCUCAUAGCUGGUGCAGUGUUGGAGAGACAAAGGCGGUCAGGUAAGAGCUGACCAAACCCACCCACUGGUGUGCUGUACCAGCCUUAAUAGGUGCUCGCUAACAGCACGUUCUGCAAAAUGAUUAAAUGCUGUAUGGUCGAUCUUUGUGUUUGUAAAUUUAUUGACACUGGGCACAAGAUUUGGUUGCACCUUUCCAAAGUGUCUUAGAAUACAGAGAAUACGGUAAAUUCUGCAUUUAAAGAAAUGCACUUGAGAAGCAAACGUACUCAAAUUACCCAGUUAUUGAAGAGACGUGCCAAGGCAGUCAUUUAAAUCCCUUUAUUCAAAAAGAAAGCAACACCUUAUCUUGUCGCUAUAUUUCUAGGCUGUGGGAAGGCCUCCCUUGCCCAUUACCAGGUCUCAAAACAUGCUGUAAUGAUUGGUUAACCACGUUACUUGUAUAUGUGUCCAUUUUACUACGCUGCACUGGAUAAAGUGGAUUUAAGGGUAAAUACAUUUUUGUUAUUUAGCAGAGGUGGCCAGGUGGCUUAGAGGUCAGCACCGAGCCAGUGUUCAGCUGCUUGUGACUGCACCGGGUUCUCGGUGCAGUGAGGCUAUCGUCUCAGCCCGGUCACCAAUAACUGCACGAAAAAAAGAUCCAUCGUGAAAUGUACUAUUGGACUUAUAAAUUAAACGGCCAUCAUUGGCUAAAUUGCAACUUUGAAUAUAAAAAAAUCUAUCCGUUUGACUUUCCUACUGUAUGUGUGAACCAUAGGUUAAAACUGCGCACAAAUUACUCGAUUGGGUUCAUACAUAACGAUCGUCGCUCCCUAAUUGUAGACUAAAGCCCUGGAAAUAGUCGUUGUCGCAUGAUGAAUCGUACCGGGUUUAUACGUGCAGUCGUUAGUCACCAUGGUGAGACCAUCAAGAUCAAUUGCACUGUUUUUGGGCUCCUAGAUUGUUCAAACACAGCGUCUCCGCAGUGCUGGCUUAUCUCCGUUGACAGUCCUGAGUCGUUAGUGUAAAUUGUAUACCUCGACAGAUCCAAGUACUGUUUCUGUGUAAAUCAUAACCUUUGCAGACACUUUAGCAACCCAUGAAAGAAGAUGAUGGACUCAGUCUACCACCCACCGAGAUGUGACUUCACGAUCUUUCCGUUUAUAAAUCAAGUCCACUCGCCACACUGCCACCCAACUAGACGGUAACUAGGCAAUAAAUAUAACACAUGGUGCUGUUUUUGUUCAUCGGUAUUUAUAUACUUGUGACUAAGACUGUUAUAUACUCUGAAAAUAGACCGCAAACUGAUAGUGCAAUGUGUUGCAAAUUCAGUGGAUGUAUUGCACGAAUGACGAAGGGGCAAUCCUUUAAAUAUAAACGCGUGCCUGUAGCAAGGUGUUCUUUUGAACCUUGGGAAGUGGUUAACGAGGGGUGGGGUGGGGCUAGAGAUAGGAGCGUUUGCUAUUUCGUGUUGCGGUACCAAGUGACACACAACAUCAUAGCAAACCUCGGACGCGUAUUUUUUAAAUUGGAGUUUAUUCGUGAUAUUCAAAACUAUUUAUGCAAGGUUACGUGAAAGUGAGUCUCGAUGGUGGCUUUGGAUGUAUUCUGGAGGGUGAGUGUAAGUCAUUCUAGGGAAUAUUGCUCGUUAUAUUUUAUCCUGUUGUAAUCGUGUUUUAUCAUCGGUUAACCUUUUUCGUUCAGUAAAAAAUAUCCUCUA